UAUGAUAUUAAAAACUAUGAGAAACAUUACAAAGAAAAUAUUACAAUUAGAAUUUUUAUUUGCUUUAUAGGGAUUCACGAUUGAGAAUAUCACUCUGGAUCGUCUUACGAAAUCCACGCGUGACGGUAAUUCUUAGACCAUGCUAAAAAUCUUAUGUAGUCUUUUCUCUUUUAAUCUACAUAUAUUGUCUUCGGUGAGACUCAAAAUUCAUACCUCAUGAUGUAGAAGUAAACUAUGCCUCGCAUAUGUUCAUAAUUUUCAGUCACUAAAUGAUAUAACAAAAAAAAAAUGAAUAACAAGAAUGCAGUUCAAACAAUGGUUAGCCAAUCCUAUUUAUGUCAAACCAAGCAGAAAUCUAACCAACCUAACAAAUCAAACAACAAAAACACAAAAAAAAUACAACAAUGUACUAUAUAUAGAGGCAAAACCUCAAUAUAUAAACGCCUUCCUCUCUAUCACCAAUGUACACAUCUCAUAGUCAUACAACAAACACAAAUCUUAGAGUUUUGUUUUGAACCAAAGAAACUUGUAAGAGAAAAAUGGCGGGAAAAGUGUAUAUGGUCAUGGCUUUGAUAAUGAUGGGAUUUGUUUUACAAGCAUGCAAUGGAAUGAAUGUUGAUGUUGAUGAUGGUGAUGAUAUCAAGCCAACAGAAGAUUCAAGAUUCUUUUGCUUCAGAGUCUGUUCCAUUAGAUGCGGCAAACAGAACAAGCCUUGUUACCAAGAAUGUUUGCCAAAAUGUGGUCUCCCACGACGACUUGCUAAACCAACAACAUCUCCAUCAUCACCUUCCUCCACUGUUUGAUGGAUCAAGCUAACUGCUGAAGAUUUCGUCUAUCAAGAAGGAAAAUUUGAGAGUUAUGAUAAACUUUAAUUAUAUCUCUGGUAUUUGUGUGGCAAGUUCAUUCAAACUUGUUUUCUAUUAUAAGGACAUAGACCACCUUCUGUC